AGCUGUGCUGCUCAUCCCACAAAAGUGUGACAUCAUUGUGAAGAUGUUGAGCUGGGUGGUCAAAGUGGUUCCUCAGCCGCCGGAGCCUCCGCCCAAAAGCGUCCCGGAGCAGGAGGAGGUUAAACCAACCGCUGCCCCGCCCCCUGCUGUGGCCCCGCCCCCUGCCGCGGCUCCGCCUCCUGUAGCCAAGACGCCUCCCGUCACUGAGAAGAAAGUGACGUUUCAGGAUGAGUGCAGACCUGAAGCUCCAAAAGCUGACAAACUCAACCAGGAAGCACCAGCCGAGGACAACGGACCUGCAGGAUCUCAGCCCGGUGUGUUGAUGUGGAUCAGCACCGCUCUGCCUCAACCGGUACUCUCUCCAAAGCUGAGUCGAGCCAACUCCACCACCAAGGAGGAACCAUCAACGAGUAAACCUGAAGACCAGAAGGGGAUGAUAGCCUGGAUCGCUCAGGGUCUGGAGAUGGUCGUCCCUCAGCCUGACCUGACCAGGAAGGAACCACCAGCAGCUGAACAGCCUGCUCAGCAGGUACAUCAGCAGGUCCCUCAGCAGGUCCCUCAGCAGGUACAUCAGCAGGUCCCUCAGCAGGUGCAUCAAACAGCAGCUGCUAAAGCUGCAGGGAUCCAGGUCACCGUGGUGGAGGCGGGAUCGGACCGAGACCACAACAAGCCCCUCCCACCCAGGAUGAUGGACUGGAUCAAACAGGGUCUAGAGAAGGUGGUUCCUCAGCCAGAGAUCCAGGUCCGCUCAAAGACCCAGGUCCCUGAGAGGACUGAAGCUCCACCUAAAGCAGAGGCUCCGGCACCAAAACCUGAUCCGGUACCAAAACCUGAUCCGGCACCAAAACCUCUUCCAGCCCCAAAACCAGCCGCUGACCCUGAGAAGUCUUCGAAGGAAGCAGAGCCGCAGCCCAAUAUGAUGGGAUGGAUCGCCAGUGAGAUCGGCCGCAGGUUACCUCAGCCCGUACUGAAGCAGGACGCCGGCAGCGACCAGGUGCACAGCAUCAGCAUCGUACAGAAGAAGACGGACCUGGUGCUGGAGGACCUGGGACAGGACGAGGAAGUGGGACGGGACCAGGAGGCCCAGCAGAAGGAGAACGAGGUCAGAGAGGAGAAGCUGACCGGAGAUGCAGAGAAGCAGGUGGACCGAUGCGGUCCAGUGACGGACAGCAUCAAGAAGGAGGCUGGAGGGGCGGUUCUAGCUCACAUGGAGGAGAGACUGCCGCAGGACCGCCUGGAGGCGGCCCGCAUCGCAGAGGAGAUGGCCAGGAAGGCGGCGGAGGAGGCGGUCCGACAGCUGGAGGUGGAGCACUCAGCUAAGAUCGUCAUAGAAACGCUGCCAGAGUCCAACGAGCAACUGCCCAACAUCCUGGAGGAGGAGAACGAGGACGACCCGGAGCUGCAGAACCUGCAGGAGGAGAGUGAGGACAGCCCAGACAAUAGGAGUCCAGAGGAGAAUAUGAGAAGUGCUGUUGAGGAAGAGAAUAAGUCCAGUAACCUGGCUGACCUCCAGAGGAGUCUGAUGGACGUCUGUCCGGCUGAAGACGACGUCAGUCCUUCAUCAACGGCGGUGGAGCCGGCGUCGGAGAGGAGAGACCUGGAGAGUCCCGUCUCCCAAACCGUCACCCAACAACCAGAGUCGUCACCAGCUCCAGCAGCCGCAGAUCAGGCCGAAGCAGCAGAAGGAGGAUGUGGAGGGAGCCGUGGUGGAGGACCCGGUGGAGCUCCGGUGCUGAGGGUGGAGGAUGUGGAUCAGGAUGUGGGGGGGCAGAGAAAAGGCCUGAACAUCCCCAAAAUCAUCACAACGACAGAACCCGAGUUCAGCACGCUGAGCGUCCCGCCGUCCAAGUUCAGCGCUGCAGGUGAUCCGGGUGCAGAGGAGGACGAGGAGGAACUGUCGAGGACCGGUCUGAAGACCUGGUCCAGUCAGGGAGACCUGCUGACUGCAGACGAUGAGAUGCGUCCUCUGUCAGCCGCCAGCGUCGGCAGCGUGGUGAUCCAGGACCGUCUGAGUGAACUCGUCAGGCUCUUUAAAGGUCGAACAGAGAAGCAGAGAGACCGGCUGGUGGACCCCGACGAGUCUGAGGAGGAGAGUCCUUCAGCCUCCCCAAGCAAAGCUCCUCCUCCUCCUCCUCCUCCUCCUCCUCCUCCUCCUCCUCCACCAGAGAAGAAGGAUGACGCUCCGGCAGCGGCAGCAGAAGAAGAAGAGGAAGAGGAAGAGGAGGAGAAGGAGUUCGUGCUCCCGUUUCAGCUGUUGGGUCAGCCGGUGAAACUGCCCAAACUGCCCAAACUACCCAAACUACCCAAACUGCCCCCGUUGCCCGACUGGCUCCGAGUCAUCGUGGAGUACCGCUUCCCCUCCAGCAUGGACCCCUUCACCGACCUGACCUACGUGAUCUGGCUCUUCAUCGUGGUGGCGGCGUGGAACUGGAACGUGUGGUUGAUCCCCGUCCGCUGGGCGUUCCCCUACCAGACCUCUGAAAACAUCCACCUGUGGCUGCUGAUGGACUACACCUGCGACCUCAUCUACAUCACCGACAUCCUGGUGUUCCAGCCCCGGCUGCAGUUCGUCCGCGGAGGAGACAUCGUGUGUGAUAAGAAGGACAUGAGAGAGAACUACCAGACCACCGAGAAGUUCAAGAUGGACGUCCUCAGUCUCUUCCCCAUGGAGAUCUUCUACUACUUCACUGGAGUCAACUCUCUGUUGAGGUUCCCUCGUCUGCUGAAGUACAUGGUUUUCUUUGAGUUCAACGACAGGAUGGAGGCUGUGAUGAAGAAAGCGUACAUCUACAGGGUGAUCCGGACCUCUAUGUACCUGCUGUACUCUCUGCACAUCAAUGCCUGUCUGUUCUACUGGGGCUCAGACUACGAAGGACUAGGAUCCACCAAGUGGGUCUACAACGGGAAAGGCAACGCGUAUAUCCGCUGCUACUACUUCGCCGUGAAGACGCUGAUCACCAUCGGAGGACUGCCGGACCCGACCACCGUCUUUGAGAUCUGCUUCCAGCUCAUCAACUACUUCGUUGGCGUCUUUGCGUUUUCCAUCAUGAUCGGUCAGAUGAGAGACGUGGUCGGAGCGGCCACCGCCGGAGAUAACUACUACCGGGCCUGCAUGGACAGCACCGUCAAGUACAUGAACUCCUACAACAUCCCCGGAGACGUCCAGAACCGCAUCAAGACCUGGUACGACUACACCUGGAAGAGCCAGGGCAUGCUGGAUGAACUGGAGCUGCUGGUGCAACUUCCUACUAAGAUGAGGAUGGACAUGGCGGUGGACGUCAACUACGCCAUCGUCAGUAAAGUCGCCUUGUUUCAGGGCUGUGACAGACAGAUGGUGUUCGACAUGCUGACGAGGCUGAAAUCUGUCGUCUACCUGCCGGGAGACUUCGUCUGUAAAAAGGGGGAGAUCGGGAGGGAGAUGUACAUCAUUAAACAGGGGGAGGUUCAGGUGGUCGGCGGUCCAGACCUGCAGACCGUGUUCGUCACCAUCAGAUCCGGAUCCGUGUUCGGAGAGAUCAGCUUGCUGGCAGGAGGCGGAGGGAACCGACGUACCGCCAACGUGAAGGCGCACGGAUUCGCCAACCUCUUCAUCCUGGAUAAGAAGGACCUGGCAGAGAUCUUAGUGCACUACCCAGAGUCCCAGAAACUCCUCCGCAAGAAGGCCAAGACGAUGUUGACGAAGGAUGUGAAGCCAGAUGAGAAGGCCGGAGGUAAAGAACCCAUCCAGGUGAUUCCACCCAGACCGGACACACCCGAGAUGUUCAAGGCAGCCCUGAAGGUGUCGCAGCAGGAGGGAGGAGCCUUCUCCAAACUGAAGAAGAGCUACAAACCAUCAGGGAGCACGGCGGAGGCUCUUCCCUCCAUCUCUCCGGUCCCCCCUCCCUCUCCGAUGCACCGCCGCUCUCCGGUUCCUCUCGCUCCGCCACCGGACGACGGCGACGACGCCGUGUCGGAGACCGUCGACAGCUCAGUGAUCAUCAGGAUGACGCCGCGGCAGCAAGGGGAGGAGCUGCUCUCCGUGGAGGUGGCGCCUGGCGAGGGACAGCAGACGAAGGACUGAGUCCACCUCACGGGAUGCGUUCUGCUUCCCAGAAUGCCUUUCAGCGACCUCCUGAGAAGAGAUGUGGACAGAGACAGACAACAAACUCCAGUGCAUUCUGGUCCCUGAUGUACAAACUGUGCUUCUCAUUUGAGUUUUAUUUGUCUCCUUGUUUCCUUCACUCGCAUCCUUUCUUCUCCCGUCUGGUUACUGAGGCGGCGAGGUGGUGGGGGGGGGGGAAUGGCGGCGGCGAGGGGGCAUCUACUAGUUUAGUAGAUGAGAACUCUACUCUAGUUUAGUAGAUGAGAACUCUAUUCUAGUUUAAUAGAUGAGAACUCUACUCUAGUUUAGUAGAUGAGAACUCUACUCUAGUUUAGUAGAUGAGAACUCUACUCUAGUUUAAUAGAUGAGAACUCUAUUCUAGUUUAGUAGAUG